GUCCGCGCACGAAAACGAAACCUCUUCUUCAGGAAAUUUAUCACGAUGUCUUUUCCUUUGUCGACGUACUCCAGAGCACAGCGUCGGCGGGUGAGCAGCUUCCAGGAGUGGGCCGUGCCGCGCUGCGACGCCAGCAUCGCCUACGUGCGCCUCUCCCCGAGGGUGUCCGUGGCCGUUCAGCGACGACUUGAGGUGGACUUGGACCGCUCGUACAGCGCGCUGUUGAGCACCCUGCACCGGGGCGACCACGAGGCUACGGAGGACGCGAUCGCCGACGUGGUGCUCCUGACGCACCUGCAUGAGUGGAUGGAGACCGGCUCCGUGGAACCGAGAGCACCGGCGAGUCAGCUGACGCGGUCCUCGCCAGGGAGCAGGAGGGACUGA